GACUGCCUGCGGUACAUGAUGAACGGCACUACGCUGAUCAAACUGCGGCCAAACGGAAGGCAGUACCACCGAUACUUCACUCUCUCUGAAGACCUUACAUACAUUACCUGGGAACCAACAAACAAGAAAAUCGUCAAAGCACGAUUGGACGUAGACAGUAUCCGAGAAAUACGUCACGGCCGCUCCACUGAUGUUCAGCUUGACAGGACCUUACACGACCCAUUCACUGAAGACUGCGCCUUUUCCAUUAUGUACGGUGACAACUUCGAGUCUAUAGACUUCCUAGCUUCCUCGGCAGUGGAAGCAAACAUCUGGGUGGUGGGACUCACCGCCUUGAUGGGACUACAAAAAGACCCGCUGGAGGAGAAAGAGAAGAUGCGAGAACGCUGGCUGCAGAAGAGCUUCGAGGUGGCUGUAGCGACCGUCCCGGAGUCUGAGGACGGCACGUUGGACCAGCAGCAGGUGGUGACGCUGGUGCAGAGAGUCUCGGGCCGCGCCUUCAGCAGCGACCAUAUCCUGCAGAAACUUGCCGAAUAUGACUACGUGAACAACCCUGGAAAGAGGGGACAACUUGACUGCAGAGGAUUCGUUGAAAUAUAUAAGGAAAUUACAGCCAGACCGGAUAUUUACGCUCUCAUGUACAAGUUCGCUCGCAGAGACUUUUUCACUGCUUAUGACCUGCUCUUCUUCUUGGCAGGCGAACAGGGCCUGAAAGACGUAACACUGGAGAGAUGUAUGGAGCUCAUCAACAACUAUGAGACUACAGAAGAAGGUCGCAACAAUAAGUACCUGACAGUCGAUGGUCUCGCAAGAUAUUUGACAUCGAAAGAAUGCGACGUGUUUGCUCCAUCACAUGCCGUUUUAUGGCAGGACAUGUCAAAACCGAUUACUGACUACUACAUUUCCAGCUGCCAGAAUUCAUUCCUUUCAGAGGGUCAGCUGAGAGGGGAUACGGGCGUAGAGGGAAUCAUCCGGGCGCUCGGCAGUGGCUGCCGAUCUGUCAGAAUUGACUGUUGGAAUACUUCACUAGAACAGACUGCCAGUCCAGAAAAUUAUGAAGAAACAAAGGUUCUCUUCCAAGAUUGUUUGGAAGUCUUCAGAGAGUUUGGUUUUCUCUCAACACCAUAUCCGUUGUUUGUCCACUUACAAAAUCACUGUGACAUAAAUGAGCAGAGGAAACUAGCAUCUGCAAUUAGAGAUGUAUUACGUGAUGCAUUGUAUGUGCAUCCAGAAGACAGCCAAACAGAUAUUGGUGAAAUGACUCUCGAAGAUCUGCGAGGAAAAGUAGUGAUUAUGGGACACAAGUUGCCACCAGACUGCAAAGAGGACGUGGGAGAAGUCCAUGAUGAGCUCCUCGAUGAUGAUGGUGCCGUAAUAGGUGGAGAAACUCAUCUUCUUUGUAGGGAGCUAUCAGAUUUAAUAUCACUUGGAAGCAUACAGGUGAAGGAACCUCACUCUGCAGUGUCCAGUGAAGUGGAAGUUGUUACUAAAACAUUCACUGGGAACAUGACAUCCACUUACCUAGAACCAUUCUUAAAUGAAUAUAAAAGGUACUUCACUAAGAUUAUCUUCAGUGAUUCAAAAAAUGUGCCUCAAAACAACAAACCAUUGGAUACUUGGAGCUCUGGCUGUCAAAUGGUGGCCUUAAACUACCAUGGCUCUGGCCAUUUGAUGGACAUAAAUGACGGACGAUUUCGUGAAAAUGGGGGAUGUGGAUAUGUUUUAAAGCCAGAAAUCAUGCGAGAUCACUUCACUUUAUAUAAAUCUGAUAUGAAAGACUGGAUACCUGGAGUGAAACCUCAAGUACUGCAUAUAAAGAUUAUAAGUGCACAACAUUUACCAAGGCCUCGAAGAUCUUCAGCGAAGGGUGAUGUUAUAGAUCCAUAUGUCAUCGUUCAAGUACACGGAACGCCAUCAGACUGUGCUUUAAAGAGGACUAAAACUCUUACAAAUGAAGGUGAAUCUCCAGUAUUUGAAGAAAGUUUUACUUUUUACUUGGCUCUGCCAGAAGCAGCACUAGUGAGAUUUAUAGUUCUUGAUGAUGAGUUCAUUGGUGAUGAUUUUAUUGGACAAUAUACAGUUCCUUUUACAUGUUUACAACCAGGGUAUCGUCAUAUUCGUUUGAUGGCCUCAAAUGGGGAACUGAUACCAAAUGCACUCCUGUUUGUCCACAUCUCAGUGACUUAUAAAAGAUGUUUUAGGGAGGGUGAAAAACCAACAAAAAAUGGAUGUUGUGGCUGCAGAGACAAGCAUUUUAAACUGUCUGUCACAAAGUGGCCACCAGGGAGAGCAGUGAAGGAAAUGAAGAAAAGAGCACGAUAUGCCAGAACUCUUGCCACCAUACUGAAGUUUGGAAUAAAAAACUUGGAUGACAUAUUCAAGGAUGUAAUUCCAGAUAUGGAAGAUGCUCUGCGGCUACGCACUGAAGCAGAGAUGGCGAUGGACGAGUUACGCUAUGAAUGUGGUGUAGAUGAAACAGCAAAUAUGAGUCACUGUUUGAAAGUACUGUUACAACGAUAUGAAGCAACCCCACAAAUAACUAAUGUGUCAAUUACAUCUCAGAAUGGGCUACAAAUGGUGAGAGUUCAAGGAUCGGACAUACCAGAAUUUGUUGACCGAAGUCUGGUAAUUUUGGAGAAAGCACUUAAAAGUUCACAGUACAUUUUAGAGCAUAGUGAUAACCUGGUAGCUGAACUUGAGAGGAAAUUGGAUGUCAUUCAAGUAGAUUAUGAGGAUUUCCCACAGUUAGCAGUGUCGGUUGGUGCCACAGGAAAGAGACUAAAUACUUUUGUGGAAUAUUUUGUUGUGAAUGUGCGGAGACUGAAGGGGCAAAUUGACCUACUAAAGACAUGUAAAGAAGACUCCCAACUCUUUUUGACACAGAUUUCUGAUGCUGCAGCUGUCAUGGAGAGAUUAAACAUUGGGAAAAAGCAACUGCAUACUUCAACUAAUGUUUCCAAAGUGAAAAUAAACAAGAAUUUAUCUGUGGAAAAACAGUCCUCAAAGCUACAUUCAGAUUCCAGUAUCGCAUCUACUGCACAACCUAGCUCAUCAGGAUCUUCAUCUGGUGAAAUAAAACUAAAGAGUAUUUUGAAGAGACCAACUAAUAACAAUCAACAUGAAAGUGUGGACUGUGAAGAGGCAUACUUUGGUAACAAUGUAACAACGAACAGUGCUACAGGGACAUGGAUGUAGAGAUGUGUUACCUCUGUAUAGGCGGUCUAUUAAUUCAAAGUAAUGAAAUCGUUGCCAAAGGAAGGAGAUAAACAAUUCUGUGUUUUUCUCCUGUCACAGGUCUGUCUGUGUGUGUGUGUGUGUGUAUGUAUGUAUGUAUGUAUGUAUGUGUGUGUGUGUGUGUGUGUGUGUGUGUGUGUGUGUGUGUGUGUGUGUGUGUGUGUGUGUGUGUGUAGUGAAUUACACUAAUUUUUCCACAGUGUUUGGUGUUCAUUCUAGAAUUUCUAGGAUAAUGUGUGUAUGUAAGGAUUACUAUAUUAUUAAAAACAUGUAAAAUAUCAUUAAGGCACAGUAAACUGAGCUGAGCUUCUUGCAUGCUUUUGUUAUUGUAUGAGAGACAGAACUCAUUUAAUAUGAAUGCAAUAUAUAAGGCCAUAAGUGAAAUGCCUUGUGUACAUGUGCGAUUCAUGCUGAUGUUGAAAUUAUAAAUUUAUUUUUGUUUUUUAUUUUUAUAUGGUGCCAAACUAUUUUAAGAACUUGAAAGUUACAGGUACAUUAAUAAAUACAGUGUACAUUGUUUCAUCAGCUGCAUAUUAAAAUUAUUUGUAAUGGCAUAAAAACACUUCUGUGCACAUACAUUACACCUUGCAUAGCUAUUGCCUUGUGGAAUAUCAUCUACUGCUUCUAAAAGAACAGCAAUUGCAUACUGCAGACAUUUAUGAAACUAGGCGUAAGCUAGCUAUUUCUCACUUAUUGUACCACAACCUUCUCAUAUCAGUUAAUCACCAGUACACAAAAGAAUUGUGCAAAAGUUGACAUAUGCUUAAGAUAGAUUAUAAAUUAUUUAUGUUCAGAAUAAAUAACAAUAACAUGUUUAAUUUUACUGUGACUAAAAGUCUGACAAUGUGAGCUGCAACUAAGAAAUUUAAAAAGGUUAAAAACAUUCUACUUAUUGUUAGAAAGUUAAAGCAGUGAGAUGUUAUUGGGAAAGGCAAUAAACAUUGCAUAAGUCCCUGCUUUUGAUAAACAGAAAAUGUGAAUUUUUAGUACAUACAAAAUUGAGUUGAAAAUAAAAAGGAACAUUUCUUUCAACAUUUCAGGGAAAUCUGAAUCAUGGUAUGACCAAGUCAAUUAUUUAUAGAUUUUGGAUCCAGUAACAGACUAAUAACCUGAAUGAAAUAAUAGGUUGUCAGAUGUUUACAGGAAUGUUCAGUCACUGUAGACGUAUGCAUUGUCAGAAAUUUCAGUUUUUUUCUCCACUCCAAAGAAUUAUUCUCCAUUCCCAGACUCCAACAAAUAAAUAUUUGUUUCUAACAUUUUUACUCAUUUUACUGCUCUUUUAGGGACUCUCAGUGAAAUAUCCUGAAUAUUUAGUGAAAUAUCAAAUAUUUUCAUUUGAGAAUAAGAUUUUAAAUUUUAUAACCUAUCUUUCUUAACCUUACUUAAAAUAAUAACAAAAUGAUGAGCUUCCAGAACAGUAUUUUCAUAUGUACAUAUUUUAAUGAUCUUUAACUGAUGUUAUGUGAUUGCACAUCUAUAGACAGCAUAGCAGAAAGAAGUCUUUCUUGUGUAGAAGCAGCAUUGGACUAUUUUAGCUGUUUUAUUUGUGUUCUUUCCUGGAUAUUAAAGUUUAGAGCAUUUUAGUUUCAUUCUUAUAGUUAACAGUUAGUAUGUUCACAAAACAGACCAAAAUGAAAUGGAAAAUAUUGGCUGUGGAAUAGUGAGACUUUAUUAAGCAACUAAUACAUAUCUACAUAGCUUCUAUCAAUGUUCUGUUGUUAUAGUGGAAAUUUUGAGUGAAAAUAAGUAUAAACUGAUAUUUUACAUAUGCCUGUGUUCACUAUUUGUGGAAUCAAUGUUGUUAAUUUGUUGGUUGUUACUUCCGUAAAAAGCUAUAUUUAUAAUAAUUUGUUGAAAGAAGUAUGGUGUAAUUUGUUAAAAUAUUAGCACUUGAAUCAUUUAUGUACUAUGCAGCAUUUUAAACUCUGUAGUUCCUUGUUUAAAAUAAUUGUUUUUUUUUUUAAAAGUGCUUUUUUUAAAAAGAAAAAGGAGAAUUUUUCUGAGACUCUUGUGUCUUAUUUAAAUAUCCUGUGCAGCAUAUAAUUUCACUCUUUUGUACAAUUUGCCAUCCCAUUAAACAAUGUAAGGUAUUGGCAGGUACAGUUCUUUAAUGUAUUUGAGUGAAGUCAUUGUGAAAGUUACAAAAUCUACUACCAUCGAAUUCUUUGCUGUGAUAAUUUUUGGGUCUCACUAAGUAUAUAACAUCAGGUAUUUACUAAUGACUGAUUUCCUUAUGCUUUGACAGUCUCUUCUUCACAACAGUGUAUUAUUAUAUUUAACAUUUUCUUACAGAAGACACUGUCAGGGAUGCCAAAUAAUGGUCUAAAUAAUUUAGGCCUGUAAUCUGAUAAAAUAUUUUCUUACACUGUAUGGAUCCAGUAAUGGUACCACAUGUAAAAAUACUAUUUUCAAGAUACAUAAAAUCCAUAACGAUAAUAGUGUCGAAAAUCUAAACUGUUUAUUGAUCCCUAGUAACCUAAAAUCUUGAUACUGUAAAAAUAUGCCAUGGUAAUAAUUUAAGAAGUACAGGGUCCAGUAUGUGAAGAUAUUUGAUUUCUAAAUAAACAUCAUACAGCAUUUUUUCAUACUAUCUGUUUUACUGCUAGCAUGUACAGAAGGUAAACUGUGUUUAAAAGUUUUGUUUAUACGAAGUAAGUGUUCUGUGAAAAACAUGUAAUCAAAAGGUUGAGAGUAUUGGGUGCAGCAAUGAGUGAAUAAUCAGCAUUCGGUGUGUGAAACUUUUUUCUUGUAUGGCUUGAGAAUUCUCUUCAAUCUUGUACAUAACGUAUAUUUUUCCACUGUGUAAAUAUGUAAUAAAAUUCUUUACGAUAUUGUAAAGUGUGUGAGCUGGAGAUAAGUAUUAAAAAUGUUCUUAACAAAGAAUGGAAAUGCACAGAAAAGAGUGCACCAUUUACAAAAUUGUAAUGAACAUGUAACUGUUUAUUUGAAAUUUAAAAUAACAGCAAGUUGUUUCAUAA